AUGGUCACAUCCCGCCAUGUAGUCGGCUUCUUUGCCCUAUCUCUUACUGGUUGCGAGGCCAUCCAACCCUCAAAUUGCACUUUAUCCCCAGACCACUUCCUCCAUCCACCAUCCCGAGAGCGUCCAAAGUUCAGAUACUGGCUUCCCGACGCCAGUGUAAACGCCGAGACUGUGGAAGCAGACAUCAGAGCAUCCGGUGAUAUUGGAGCUGGGGGCGUAGAGUUCCUGCCAUUCUAUAACUAUGGAGGAGAACUUGGACCAGCCCCAGCCGGGGUCAAUUGGUCUACUUACGGCUUUGGUACACCAGCUCAUCUCAAUCUUUUCAUAGCAGCCUUGAAGGCCCACAAGCAGGCUGAAUUAGUCAUGGACUUUUCACUUGGACCGAAUCAGGGACAAGGUAUUCCGGCUCACCCUGAUGAUGAGGGGCUGCAGUGGGACUUGCACUCAACGCAGGUUUCCAUCAGUCCAUCCGUUGCCAGCCGUGGCGUUUUCAACGGAACCAUUCCCGGCUGGGGAGACGGAAGAUUGGUCGCUGCCGUGUCUACUGCAGUGGUAUCUCGAGCGAAUGUUUCUUACAACGUGACUGGCGUUCCUGGGGUCACCAGCCCGACGACUGUGGCUUACGAGGAUCUUGUUUUGCAAGAUGGAUCUCUCACGGACAUAACCUCAAACGUUUCCGGCAAUGGCAUAUUAACUUGGGAGCUCCCUGUUUCCUUGACGAAUAGAUCUGACCACGAGUUGUUCUUCUUCUAUGAAACGCUCUCUCACAACCACAAUGUUCACUUCCCGUCCAAUACGACGGCUACCAUCUGGGACAACGGUUCCUACGUCGUGGAUCACUACAGCGCCCGAGGCGCUCAGACAGUGAAAGCUUUUUGGGAGCAACAUCUGCUCACUGACGAACUUAGAGGACUUCUGAGAGAUGUUGGUAAUCAUGGAUGGGAGGAUAGUAUCGAGAUUCGCUCAAAUACUUCUUGGACCCGCACACUUCCAACACGGUUCAAAGAGUUGUUCGCAUAUGAUUUGAGACCAUACCUGCCUCUCAUCAUUUUCGGUAACAACAAUAUCAAUCUCCAGAACACAUCCCCUGGUACCAUACGCUGUACCUUGAACCGACCGGAUCAGGGACAGGGUUACGUCAAUGACUAUCGUAAGACUUUGGCAGCGGGAUAUCAGGAAUACCUCACCACCCUUUCGCAGUGGCUCAAGAGCCUAGGAGUCAAAGGACUUUCAUCCCAACCAUCCUACAACCUCCCCAUGGAUAUGGAGGCUUCCAUCCCAUAUGUCGACGCUCCAGAGUAUUGGGACAAUGGUCUCCAGGCAGCCAUGGAUUACAUGUCGCGGCUGCAGCAUGUUCAGCAACUGGGGGUCCCACGCACCGACAUCGCAUUCUAUAACAAGCAGUCUGCUACUGAUCCAAAUCUAGAAACGGUGUACACAUCCGAAGACUUGGUUGAUGCAGGUUGGUCUUACACAUACCUAUCACCAGACAACUUUGACCUGCCCCAGGCAUAUGUCGACGACGGUAAUCUCGCACCAGAAGAUGCAGCUUAUCAAGCCAUGGUCAUCCUUGGUUCUCAGAAUUUGACGCAGCUCUCAAUCGCCAAGCUGAAGAGCUUCACAGAAGCUGGCUUGCCAAUAAUCGUAGCUGGUUCAGCUCCUGGGCUCUACGCCUCAGAGUCGCAGAUCAUUUCUGAAAAAGACUCUUUCCACGAUGAGUUGAUCGACCUUCUGAACCAGAAGAAUGUAUAUCACGUUGCAGAGGGCCAAAUUUCGCAGAAGCUGCGCGACCUGAACCUUGAGCCACGAGUUGGCGUGCGAACGAACGGCACGUGGUAUUCUACAUGGAGGGAUGACAAAGCAAGCGGCAUCUCUUACGCCUACGUAUUUGGUGACUUGGUUGCAGCAACAGGCGAGGUGGUAGUACAGUCGAAGAAUACUCCCUACUUCUUGGAUCUCUGGACGGGAGCCCGUCAACCGGUUCUCAACUACCGGACUGACGGAUCUACGACAACUAUCCCGCUCCAACUCGCAGCGAAUCAAACCAAGAUCAUAGCGUUUGCUGCCAAAACCAUGCGCGGUCUUGCGACUCCAGCCUUUCAUGCUACGGAGGUUUCAUCGAACGUCAUUGGCUACGCUCCAGUGGGUGAUGGCUUUGAACUACACGUCGCUGCUUCCUCGAAUCCAGGGCUCAUCAGGCUAUCAAACGCCUCGGAGACCCCUCUCCAUAGCCAUGUGCCUGAAGCCUUCGAGUUGAAGUCAUGGACACUGAGAAAUACGACUCAUCAACUCGACAAAUUAGUCUCAUGGAAUGAGCUUCCCGCCGCAACAAACACUUCUGGGGUUGGCUACUACCACACGAACUUUACCUGGCCGCCAGUAGCAUCGACCAUCGGCAGUGCGAAUGGCACGUCCUUUGGUGCCUACCUCAAUUUCCCGCCUGUGCUGGAUGCGAUCACGGUCUACGUCAACGGCGCAAGACUGCCCCCUUUGGACUUUGCCAGUCCGUUUGCUGAUGCCACGUCAUACCUGGUGGAUGGAAACAAUCAGGUUGUCGCUGUUGUGCCGGGCACGAUGUGGAACUACCUUCGCAGUAUUUUACCCGAGAUUAGGAGCUCUGGGCGGGAGUUUUCGUCAUUGGCUGCUCUUCCUAAGACUGACAACGGGUUGGUUGGCGUGGUCACCGUUGUGCCUUUUGAGCCCUUCCACCUGAAAGCUUACCUAUAG